AUGAGUUCUUCGAAUCAAGCUCUUGGGCCUCAAACGCUAAGAAUGCAGUCGGAGGACAUAUUCAAGCCACACAUCCAUCUUGUUCACACCAAACAACUCGAUACUGCAAAGAGGGUCACCCAGCAGUUGUCCACUUACAUGGAAGUGAACGAGAUCACGGAAGAGGGGAGCGGUGAAGGCUUAUUUCUGAAUCACUAUGGAAAGGUUCUAGAUAAGUUCAUAGCACUCGAACAGAGGGAGACAGUCGAAAAAAUUGAUCGCAAGAUCUGGCAAAGAUCGAAGGAUCUGGUUGAGCGACUCAAUUUCGCAAUCUUACUUCGUGCUUUCAUGAAGUUCACAGACCUGGCGACACUGCUCAAUAACUGCAGGAGUGAACUAUACUUCCCGCCCGAAGAUGUGAAGAGGUGGGCGCAGGCAGCUGUGGCACGUCAAUCGCCACUUGAUUCUCAGAGCGAUGUUGGGAUCAUCCCAUCUGUUACCGGCACAGGUCCGUCGGACAAUCUUACUGUGACAAACCCAGGCUCUCUGUACGAGAGCGGAACAAACGCCGCGUCUGCCGCAGCUUCUGGGACGAGCACAAGUGGGAAACGCCGGUACAGCGAAGAUGGCUCCGAGGCAGAGACUCAACCGAGCAAGAAACAAUUCAGUGACGACGACCCCGCCUUCGAGUUCUUGAAUUUCGAGUGA